AUGAAUUUAUUAAUAUCUUCAAGUUUGUUCCAUGAGGUACCAACAUGAAGAAUGUCACUGAAGUCAACAUAUUUGUACUGAAGGGCUUCACAGAGAAGCCUGAGCUACAGAUAAUCUUGUUCUUCCUGUUUCUAGCAAUCUAUCUCUUUACUAUGAUGGGAAACUUGCUUUUAGUUUUAUUGGUCAUUGGGGAUUCCCGGCUCCACAACCCCAUGUACUAUUUUCUGAGUGUGUUAUCAUCUGUAGAUGCCUGUUUUUCCUCAGUAAUUACCCCAAAUAUGUUAGUAGAUUUUAUGUCAAAGAAUAAAGUCAUUUCAGUCCCUGGAUGUGCAGCCCAGAUGCUUCUUGCUGUUACUUUUGGGACCACAGAAUGCUUCCUCUUGGCUGCCAUGGCUUAUGAUCGCUACGUGGCAAUCUACAACCCUCUCCUCUAUUCCGUGAGCAUGUCACCCAGAGUCUACGUGCCCCUCAUCAUUGCUUCCUACGUUGGUGGCAUUUUGCAUGCUUCUGUACACACGGUGGCCACGUUCAGCCUCUCCUUCUGUGCAUCCAAUGAAAUUAGACACGUCUUUUGUGACAUCCCUCCACUACUUGCCAUUUCGUGUUCUGACACCCACACCAACCAGCUACUGCUCUUCUACUUUGUGGGCACUAUUGAGAUAGUCACUAUCAUGAUUGUUCUGAUCUCCUAUGGUUUCAUUCUGUUGGCCAUUCUGCGGAUGCAUUCUGCUGAGGGGAGGCGGAAAGUCUUUUCUACGUGUGGUUCUCACCUAACUGGAGUGUCGGUAUACCAUGGAACCAUCCUAUUCAUGUAUGUGAGACCGAGUUCCAGCUAUGCUCUGGACCAUGACAUGAUAGUAUCAAUAUUUUAUAGCUUUGUGACUCCCAUGCUGAAUCCCAUCAUCUACAGUUUAAGGAACAAAGAUGUAAAAGAGGCAAUGAAAAGAGUGUUUCAAAAAAAUUGUUUUAUUAAUUAA